AUGGGGAAUUGCUUGUUUAAAGCGUUUGCAGAGGUGGAAGAAAUGGUGAAAGUGGUAACAUCAAACGGUGGCAUAAUGGAGCUUUACGCACCCAUCACGGCAGAGUGCAUCACCAACGAAUUCCCCGGCCACGCUAUUUUUCUCAGCCCGGACCAAAUAUCACCAGCACUCCUUCACAACCAAGAACUUCAUGCAGGUCAUUUAUACUAUCUCCUCCCCAUCAUCAAACACAGUGGUGGUUCUGGCUCAUCCAUGGCGGCUCCGCCGUACAGGAUGUCGGUCGAUAAUCAAGCUAUGUUCAAGAGCUUUUCAUCAGAAGCCGAGGAGGCUCGCACGGAGGCGUUGAUAAAGAGUGCAAGGAGGGUGGCGAAAUGCUCCUCCACCAGCGUUUCGUCUGUGGCUAAUUCCGAUCAGUCGAGCUGGAAAACCGGCACUGAUAGUGCAUAA